AUGCCAGAAGAUAUAAAAUAUUAUUAUGAUAUAAUAAAUAGCAAAUGGUGGUAUUUUGAUUUGCUAUCAGGGGAAUGGAAAGAGUAUGAAGAAGAAUCAAAUUAUGAAAAUUAUGAAAGUAAUAACAAAUAUUAUAAUAAUAAAGUAGAGACAACAAAAGAAUAUUCAGAUUCAAUUAAUGUACAAUAUUCAAAUGUAAAUGAAAAUGAUGAAAAUAUUGAUAGUAAUAAUAACUCAGAAAAAUGGAAAGAAUUAAAUUAUAAUAUAUCUAAUAAAAUAAACAACAGUAAUACACAUAUAAAGAAAAAUCAGGAAUUAUUAAACAUAUCGGAAUCAAUGAAAUCAAAAAAUUCUUUAUUUUAUAAUUCAGAAAUGGUAGAUACUAGAAAGCAAAAUAAAUUAUAUUCUUCAAAAAAUAAUAUAAAAAAUUCUAACUUUGAAAAAAAAUUAGAUGAUGAAUUAUUAAAUAAAUAUGGUGAAAAUUAUGAGGAAAAUAAUAAUGGAAUUAACGAUGCAAGUAAUUACCUAAAUAACUAUACAAAUAAUAAUAUAACAAAUAACGACUUAAAUACCCAUGAAAAUUACUAUGAUAAUAAUAAUGAAAGCAAUAUUAAUUGUUAUGAAAAUGAUAAUGAAUAUAGCUAUGAUGGUAUUUAUAAUAAUGUACAAUGUAAAGCUGAACCUGAUCCAUAUGAUAAUUAUAAAAAUAAUGAUUAUUUUAAUUACGAAGAGGGAUAUUAUGAAAAUUUAUAUGAACGUAAUAAUAAUUUAAAUUAUAAUGAUAAAUCAAGUGAAAAUAAAGAGGAAUUGGUUGGAACAUCACUUAUCCCCCCUCAACUAGAACAAAAUAAUUACAGUGAAUUACUUGAAGCAAACGGAAACAACAAUGAUUUACUUUUAAAAAAUGAAUCUUCUAAUAAUACAAACAAAAGCUAUGAUGGUGAAACCGAGAAUGCGCAAGAAACAAAAAUUAAAAAUUCCUCUGAUUCAGCUGAUUCAAAUUGUUCAAAUAACUCAAAUAAAUUAAGUGAAAGAAUUAAUAGCUUAUUAAAUCAUUCUAAUAGCAAUUCUUCUUCCAAAAAGGAUAGCUCAUCUUUAAUAGAAAAAUUAUUUAGUCGUAGUUUUACAAGAUCGGAUCAUUUCAAUUCUCUUAAUACUAUAGAGAAGGUUAGCGAAGAAGGAAACGAUGAACAAAAAGACGAUAACAAAAAUGAUGAUGAAAUUGAAAAGAAAAUUUCAAAAGUAAAAUUUCAAGAAAUCAAAGAAUAUAAAAACUCAGAAAAUGAAGAAAACCAUGAAAAAGAAAAAGGUUCUGAAGAUAAUAAAGAAUCGUUAGAGAAUGAAAAUGAUAAUACAGUAAUACCAUUCGUAAGAAGAGCAACAAGAACUCUUACAUUUAAAAACCAAGGAGGCUUAUCAGGUUGUUUAAAGGUUUUCCAAGAAAAAAAAAAAGAAUUAAUGUCUUCAUCACUAAAUGAAGUAAAUGAUAUAGAAAUCAAAAUAGCCAAUCUAAAAAGAAGAGCAAGAGAAUUAGCUAGAAGAUAUAAAACAAAAAAUCAAUCUAGUGAAUCUCAGCAGAAAAGCGAUGUAGUUAAAACAAAAUUCGAAGAAUUAGUAUUCCAAGUGCAAAAACACAAAAAGGAAUUGCAAGAAAAAAAUAAUAAAAAUUCACCAGAUUCAUCAAAAAAUGUCUUGAUUAGCAAUAGUGAUCAGAAUUUCACAAAUGCCGAAAAAUAA